AUGGCUCCGCUCCUGGCGCCGGGCCGGGACCGGGCAGGUCGCGAGGAUGAGGACGGCUGCGAGGCGCGCGGGGACCGCAAGGCCCGGAAGCCCCUGGUGGAGAAGAAGCGGCGCGCGCGGAUCAACGAGAGCCUGCAGGAGCUGCGGCUGCUGCUGGCGGGCGCCGAGGUGCAGGCGAAGCUGGAAAACGCCGAGGUGCUGGAGCUCACGGUGCGGCGAGUGCAGGGCGCGCUGCGGGGCCAGGCGCGCGAGCGCGAGCAGCUGCAAGCGGAAGCCAGCGAGCGCUUCGCCGCCGGCUACAUCCAGUGCAUGCACGAAGUGCACACGUUCGUGUCCACGUGCCAGGCCAUCGACGCUACCGUCGCCGCCGAGCUCCUGAACCACCUGCUCGAGUCCAUGCCGCUGCGCGAGGGCAGCAGCUUCCGCGAUCUGCUGGGGGACGCCCUGUCUGCGCCGCCCGCAGCCCCGGGGCGGAGCAACUGGCUCGUAGGAGGCGCGCUCGAGUCCCCGCUGCCCAGCCCCCGGGGCUCCGGGGACGACCAGUCCUCAGACCUGGAGGAGGUCCCCGAGGCUGAACUGAGCCGUGCCCCGCCUGCCGAGGGGCCAGACUCGGUGCCCGCAGCCCUGGGCAGCCUGACUGCUACCCGCUUGGCCCAGAGUGUCUGGAGGCCUUGGUGACCAACGCCAACCUGGGGCCUGCGGGGUGGGCUCUGCCUUCCCAGGUUCCGUUCCCUCCUCCCGGGAGUUCAGACGUGGCGGGCAGGGGUCUGGAUAUUUCCCGGUCCUGCUGCGCAGACCCGCAUAAUCAGUCCAGCCAGGCCCCCUGUUUCUUGCUGGAGGAAUGUUUAUGCAUUCCCCCUGCCCAGCCCGAUGGUGGGUGGAGGGAGGGAGCCACAGGCGGGAGGAGGAAUCCUGUAGGGCUCCCAGGGUUGUCCGCGCUUCCCCUGUCCCAGACUUAAGAGGCGCCCUGUGGGUCUGGGGGCACAGGUGAUGGAACGGAGCUGAGCCUCUCCUGGGUGCUGAGCACUAGUGUCCUGGCAGAAGACCUCAAGCCCUGGCCCUCCAGCCAGGACAGGCAGGAGGCGUUCUGCAGGCCUGCCCAGAGCUGCCACAGAGAAGCACGGUUCUCUGUAUGUCUUGCAUUUAGCACGCUUGAGUUUGUGUAUUAGGUUGCCAUCGAUGGUUCCAAUUGUGUUAAAUAAAGGAUUCUGGAGAGGUAGUUACCCUUCUGAAGUAUUGCUGGAUGCUGUGGUGUCAAUUAAGGUGUCAGUCAAAUGCAUAAAUACAAAGCCAAGCACAUUUUCCCCAUUUCUAAUGCUGUGAGUGGUUUUAAAACGUCUCACUGUCAGCAAACAAGUGUAGAGGCAGUGGUGAUGAACGCCCCAUGGUGCAUCUCAUGAUGGACAGUGCUUCCACCUCGCUAUGGCCAGACCAUUGCAGGUGGGUUUCCCCUGCAGGUCCAUGGACCUGGCCUGCUCUCCCCGGGAACUGUGUGUGUUCUGGUGAUGGAAACUCUGGCAUGGAGUUUGUCUCCAGAGUUACGAAGGAGAAGGGAAACUACUGGUUCCCAGACCGUUCUCUUGUUUGUGAACUUCCAAGAAUAAAACUGAUGCCUGACUGCUA